AAAAAUCUGACAAUAGAAAAGUAAGGUUAGAAUUUUCAUCAGACGUGCUUCCACAAGUUGGGGAGAAUACGAUAAUUUCUCAUUUGCGACAAAAUUUCUAUACAAUUCCUUAGAUUAUUUUUAUUUAAAAAAAAAUGGAUAAUUAUAGCGCUCCGCUUAUGGACGACAUAGUCCUCGAAGGAAAAAGUGAACGCAAACCAACUCCGGUCAAAACGUUUGUGAAGCCAAAACCUAAUAAAAAUUCUACGAAUUCUAAUAAUGCUACUUCCUCAAGUGCCUCAGGGAACAAUUCUAAACCUUCCAGAAAACUUAAAGUUGAACUGCCAACUUUGAGACUUACUGAUGAUGGUGAGAAGUUACUUUAUGAAACUCUAAAAGAAGUUUGCGGAGAGGACUUCAAACUACUGGAUUCGUCAGAGUUUCAAAACCAAAAAACAAACUUAGGAAGACAGUAUUGGCUCGAGCGUGGAAAUUUAGUAGUAAAAGGUGUGAUGGAUUUUUCUUCAAAAGAUAAUGAGCCACACACACAUGAACAACUCGUUCGGCAAUUUGCCACAAGCACUCUCGAGUCAUAUAGUUUUCACAGUCCACAUUGUGUCCAGGCUUUAACGCACACAAACGGACACGUUGGCCAGGCUCUAGAAAUAUUAUUUUGUAAAUAUUUUCGAAUUGAAGAACCGGAAAAAAACGGCCACCUAGAAAAUAUAGACGAAUGCGACAUGUUACAGAGGAGAACUGAAGAAAAGGAGGCGUUGGAAUCAAUUUAUGGUGACAUGUUUAUCGAAAAGAUAAAAAAUCAGAUCUGGAUAGUGAAAUUAAAAUUAGAUUAUUUGCUGGAUAAAAAAGCAACGGCGAAGGAACCCGAUAAACCAAAAAUAACCCAGAAAGAAAUAUGUCGACUAUUUUUGAAUGGAAAUUGUCGAUUUGGUGCCAGGUGCAGAUUUUCGCAUGAAAAACCGCUAAAUGAUAGAGCGAUGAAAACGAAAUCUUUGGAGGAUGAUCCCUACUUCAUACUGGAAAUUAGAUUUCCUGAAGAUAACAAAUAUCCCUUUGAAGCGCCCUACUUUUAUUUCUCAAAAAGCGAGUUAACCUUCUGCAAAUUAAAAUGCCUAAGAAUAGCAAAAAUAUUAUACGACGAAGCUCUGCAGUAUGCUGAAACCGGCACGCCUUCCGUUUUCGCAAUAACGUCUUUAUUAGAAAACGAGUCCGAGAUGAAGUCCUACUUGUCAGAAUGCAGAGAUCUAUUUUUGGACAAAGACGAUCCACUUUUUCCGAAAUUGAAAAAGGCAGGUAAUAAAAUCGGCGCCUCGCAUUAUGAGAAAGGCUCUACGAAUAGAAGGAAUAAAACGAGUGUACCGUGGGAGCAAAUUGUAAGGCAGGAUGAGGAAAUAAGAAAUCGAUUCUUGGAGAAGCAGCGAAAUCCUCAGUAUCAAAAAAUGAAAGAAGUCAGACGAAAAUUGCCCGCGUGGUCGAGAAUGGACGAGAUUUUAAAUACAAUCUAUGAGAAUCAAGUGACGAUAAUCUCGGGAGAGACUGGUUGCGGAAAAAGUACACAGGUUCCGCAAUUUAUUUUAGACGAGUGGAUCAUUAAUAGAACGAGGGAAAAUGAAGAUCAUGUAGAAAUAAUUUGCACCCAGCCUCGAAGGAUAAGUACAAUUGGAGUGGCGGAACGAGUUGCGGCUGAAAGAGACGAACGAGUGGGUCAAACAAUUGGUUAUCAGAUUCGAUUGGAGAGUAAAAUGUCUCAAAAUACGAGACUCACUUUUUGUACGACUGGAAUUUUGUUACAGAGAUUGUCCGGCGAUCCGAAAUUAACUUCUGUCACGCACAUCAUUGUGGACGAAGUGCAUGAAAGGAGCGCAGAGAGUGACUUUCUGCUGAUGCUUUUGAAGCAACUCCUAGUGGAACGUCCAGAUCUCAAAGUAAUUUUGAUGAGCGCAACCCUCAAGGCCAAAGACUUCUCUUCCUACUUCAAAGACGCUCCCGUUUUAGAUAUUCCCGGAAGGACUUUCCCAGUUGAGCAAAUCUUCCUGGAGGAAAUAUUCGAAAAAGUAAAUUUUGUCUUUGAGGAAAACUCGAAAUACACUCGACGAAUUCGAGGGGAUUAUGAGCAGCUGCAAAUCGAUUUUGAAACGAUGGAUAUCGACUCUCAAGCGAUGGAACCACCGAAAAAUAAUGUACCCGAUCAAAAUUUAGCGCUUCCACAACUUAUUGCGAGAUAUCCUGGUUUUGAUUUCGCAACCUACAAGGCUCUCUACGUUAUGGAUUCUGAGAAAAUCAAUUAUGAAUUGCUCGAAAAGACUCUAGAGUGGAUCGUCGAUGGGGAUCACGAUUAUCCUCGCACUGGUUCUAUUGUUGUGUUUCUACCUGGCUUUGCAGAGAUCAGCACCAUCAGAGACCUUUUAAGAGAUAACAAAAUCUUUUCGCCAAAAAGAGGUAGAUUUUUAAUAGUUCCUCUGCAUUCUUCCUUGUCCAGUGAAGACCAAGCCUUAGUCUUUAAAAAACCAAAGGAUGGAAUGAGAAAAAUUGUUCUAAGUACGAAUAUUGCGGAGACAUCUGUGACUAUAGACGACUGUGUUUUCGUCAUCGAUACCGGCAAGAUGAAGGAAACGAGGUUUAAUACGAAUGAGAAUAUGGAGAGUUUGGAAACUUGCUGGGUUUCCAGAGCAAAUGCUAAUCAAAGAAGAGGUCGUGCUGGUCGAGUUAUGCCUGGAGUUUGUGUUCAUCUCUACACUUCCCACAGAUUUGAGCAUCACUUCAGUUCGCAACCAAUUCCCGAGAUUUUAAGAAUACCUCUAGAACCGUUGUUGCUACGAAUUGAAAUUAUGCACGGAGGUGCGAAAGUGGACUUCCAAGAGACUUUAGGACAAUUGCUAGCGCCACCACCAGUGGAAAGCAUCGACACGGCUACGAAAAGAUUGCAGGACGUUGGUGCAUUAGAUUCUGAUUUUAUUCUAACUCCUCUGGGUCAUCACUUAGCAACUUUGCCAGUUGAUGUCAGGAUAGGAAAGCUCAUUCUCUUCGGGGCAAUUUUUUGCUGUUUGGAUUCUGCGCUGACGAUCGCUGCAUGUCUCUCUCACAAAAGUCCUUUCGUUUCUUCCUUCGAGAAGAAACACGAGCUGAAUGUGAAAAAGAAGGAAUUCGCUGUCGCUAAUUCGGAUCAUUUGACUACUCUCAAGGCCUACAAGAGGUGGCUAGAAGUUUCCAUGAAAAGUUCUCAAGCCAGCUACAAUUUCGCGAAUGAACACUUUCUCUCGGUGAGAACUCUCCAGACACUUGCAGAUAUAAAGUACCAGUUUUUGGAACUCCUGGUUGGCAUUGGAUUCGCACCCGUGGAGGUACGAAGACGACAGCAGGGUGUUGAUAGAAUAUUAGACAUAACGGGCCCCGAGCUCAACGCAAACAGCGAAAACUACAAACUCCUCCAAGGAUUAUUGUGUGCUGCUCUCUAUCCCAAUGUGGUGAAAGUUUUCACACCUGAGAAGUCAUUUCAAAUACAGUCGACUGGUGCAAUUCCAAGACAGCCGAAACCGGAGGAAUUGAAGUUCCAGACGAAGGCCGAUGGUCUCGUCAAUAUCCAUCCGUCGUCUAUCAAUUUCUCGAUUGGACACUAUUCGAGUCCCUAUAUCGUCUAUCAAGAGAAGAUCAAGACGAGCAAAGUUUAUAUUAAGGAAGUGUCGAUGGUGCCGAUGUUGCCAUUGGUUUUGUUCUCGGGAUACGGUAUCAACGUUGAACAGCAUGAUGGGAUUUUUGUUUUGUCGUUGGAGGAUGGAUGGAUCAUGUUUAGGGUGGAUUCUGACAGGGUAGCACAAUUACUACAAUACACAAGAAUCGAAUUAGUCAAAUUACUAGAGCUAAAAAUGCAAGAUCCGCUCUUGAAUCUUCUCAACCAUCAACAAGGAAAACGAAUUAUAAGAGCAAUCGUGAAAAUAAUAUCAAGUCACUAAUCUGGGAGGAUUCAUAGAACCUAGGAAAAUCUCAUUAGAAGUUUUGUCUUCCGUUUUUCUCAGUUUAAAGACAUCAGUCUGUUAUGUCGUUUUAAUAAAGUCGUUAGGAGAAAAGUA